AAAUCGCCAGCGGUCUGCAGAGUGCGCUGAGGGGAAGACGAGGUUGGAUGCAAGGCUUCGCUUGAGGCGGUAGACGAGCCAAAGUACUCAUUUAAAGAAUCCUGCUCCUGCACGGGAGCCCCCAGUCCCGAAAAUGGUACUCGGAACCAUCAAGUGCGUGGUCGUCGGUGACGGUGCGGUCGGCAAGACAUGUCUCCUCAUCAGUUACACGACAAACAAAUUUCCUUCGGAAUACGUCCCCACGGUAUUCGACAACUAUGCUGUCACGGUCAUGAUCGGUGACGAGCCCUACACGUUGGGAUUGUUCGAUACCGCCGGACAGGAGGAUUACGACCGCCUACGCCCGCUCUCGUACCCCCAGACCGACGUCUUCCUCGUCUGCUUCAGCGUCACGUCUCCUGCUUCGUUCGAAAACGUCCGCGAGAAGUGGUUCCCCGAGGUACACCACCACUGCCCCGGCGUGCCGUGCCUCAUUGUCGGCACCCAGGUGGAUCUGCGGGAUGACCCACAGGUGGUGCAGAAGCUGGCCAAGCAGAAGAUGGCCCCGGUAAGGAAGGAGGACGGUGAGCGGAUGGCAAGGGAGCUGGGCGCAGUCAAGUACGUUGAGUGCAGCGCGCUCACGCAGUACAAACUCAAAGAUGUCUUUGAUGAGGCCAUUGUUGCUGCGUUGGAGCCUCCCCCGCCCAAGAAUAGCAAGGGCAACAAACACAGAUGCCAGAUUCUCUAACCUUGGCUUCGACCAUGUGGUAUAAUAGUUGUCAAACCGGAU